AUUGAAGUGUGUGUGUCUUUUGUGUGACUCCUCAAACUUUACCUGCCAAACAGAAGGAGCAUGUUGGGCCUCUGUCAUGCUAACCAACGGCAAGGAGCAGGUGAUCAAAUCCUGUGUAUCUCUUCCAGAAUUAAAUGCUCAAGUCUUUUGCCAUAGUUCCAACAAUGUAACCAAAACUGAAUGCUGCUUCACAGAUUUUUGCAACAACAUAACACUGCACCUUCCAACAGCAUCUCCAAAUGCCCCAAAACUUGGACCCAUGGAGCUGACCAUUGUUAUUACUGUGCCUGUUUGCCUUCUGUCCAUAGCAGCCAUGCUGACGAUAUGGGCAUGCCAAGAUCGGCAGUGCACGAACAGAAAGAAAAAGAGACAGAAUGUGGAGGAGCCGCUAUCUGAGUACAACCUAGUAAAUGCUGGAAAAACGCUGAAAGAUCUGAUCUACGAUGUCACGGCCUCGGGAUCGGGCUCUGGUCUGCCUCUUCUAGUUCAAAGAACAAUUGCAAGAACGAUUGUACUUCAGGAAAUAGUAGGAAAAGGUAGAUUUGGUGAGGUGUGGCAUGGCCGAUGGUGCGGGGAAGAUGUGGCUGUGAAAAUAUUCUCCUCUAGAGAUGAAAGGUCUUGGUUUCGUGAGGCAGAAAUUUAUCAGACGGUUAUGCUACGACAUGAAAACAUCCUUGGUUUCAUCGCUGCUGACAACAAAGAUAAUGGAACUUGGACUCAGCUUUGGCUUGUAUCUGAGUAUCAUGAACAGGGCUCCUUAUUCGACUAUUUGAAUAGAAACAUAGUGACAGUGGCUGGAAUGAUCAAAUUGGCACUUUCAAUAGCGAGUGGUCUGGCCCACCUUCAUAUGGAGAUUGUUGGGACACAAGGUAAACCUGCCAUUGCUCAUCGCGAUAUAAAAUCAAAAAAUAUCUUAGUGAAAAAAUGUGAAACGUGUGCCAUAGCAGACUUAGGGCUGGCUGUGAAGCAUGAUUCAAUACUUAACACUAUAGAUAUACCUCAGAAUCCUAAAGUGGGAACCAAGAGGUAUAUGGCUCCAGAAAUGCUUGAUGACACAAUGAAUGUGAGUAUCUUUGAGUCCUUCAAACGAGCGGACAUCUAUUCUGUUGGUCUGGUUUACUGGGAAAUCGCCCGAAGGUGUUCAGUUGGUGGAAUUGUUGAGGAGUACCAGUUGCCUUAUUAUGACAUGGUGCCUUCUGAUCCCUCGAUAGAGGAAAUGAGGAAGGUUGUUUGUGACCAGAAGUUCCGGCCAAGUAUCCCAAACCAGUGGCAGAGCUGUGAAGCACUCCGGGUCAUGGGAAGAGUAAUGCGUGAGUGUUGGUAUGCCAACGGAGCAGCGCGUCUGACAGCACUUCGGAUUAAGAAGACCAUUUCCCAACUCUGCCUCAAAGAAGACUGCAAAGCCCAACGAUGAUACUUGUGUCAAAAGGAAAUCUCCCACAGCUUCCUUUCCCAUUUUCCCGCUUCCUGUGAAUGUUUUUGCUUCUUUUUUGUUGUUGUUUUAUUUCAUUUUGGUUCUACCUCAAAGAUUAUUUAGUACAGUAUUUAAGUGUCCAAAGGCAGCAUGAAAAGAUCGCUUAAAGUUAUGUGUGAGCAAGAGUU